UACCGCCUGAGCCUGCAGUGGAGAGGCGCUCAUCCACCACCAUAGCCUUCAGGACGGAUCACUAGCACACUUCAUGGUCAAAACGGGCUGUCGCAUUGUUAGGAAACAAAUCUCUUUACAGACACAACCGCGGUCUCAUCUCAGAAGCCGAAAGCAGCUCUUAUUCCUCACUGAGGAGUCGCCGGACUACAUCAUACAAGCUCCUACUAGAACUUCUCAAUUUGGUCGACAGGCUGACGUGGAACUUGCUUCUAUAAACCUAUUCUCUCCAACUUGGUCACCAUGGCAACUGAGGAGAAGAAACCAGACACGGAGGCUACUAAAACACAACCGGCAUCAGCUGCCUCUGCCAGCCAGAGUAAGUCAGCACCUGCAAAGCCAAACUACACUUUGAAAUUCACAUUGGCUGGCCAUACAAAAGCAGUCUCUUCCGUCAAGUUCAGUCCAAGUGGGGAGUGGCUCGCCAGUUCAUCUGCUGAUAAGCUGAUCAAAAUAUGGGGAGCAUAUGAUGGGAAGUUCGAGAAGACGAUAUCGGGACACAAACUUGGCAUCUCGGAUGUGGCCUGGUCCUCAGACUCCAACCUCCUGGUCUCAGCUUCUGACGACAAGACCCUGAAGAUCUGGGAUGUGAGCUCUGGCAAAUGUUUGAAAACACUGAAGGGCCACAGCAACUAUGUCUUUUGUUGCAACUUCAACCCUCAGUCCAAUCUCAUCGUAUCUGGAUCUUUUGACGAGAGCGUGAGGAUUUGGGAUGUUAAAACGGGGAAAUGCCUAAAGACCCUACCCGCACACUCUGACCCUGUCUCUGCAGUUCAUUUCAAUAGAGAUGGCUCAUUAAUUGUGUCCAGCAGUUAUGAUGGACUUUGUCGUAUCUGGGACACAGCAUCAGGCCAGUGCCUUAAAACACUCAUCGAUGAUGACAACCCGCCUGUGUCAUUUGUGAAGUUCUCUCCCAAUGGCAAAUACAUCUUGGCAGCAACACUGGAUAACACUUUGAAGCUUUGGGACUACAGCAAAGGAAAGUGUUUGAAAACAUACACUGGUCAUAAAAACGAGAAGUACUGCAUAUUUGCAAAUUUCUCCGUCACUGGUGGAAAGUGGAUUGUGUCCGGCUCAGAGGACAACAUGGUCUAUAUCUGGAACCUUCAGACCAAGGAGAUCGUACAGAAACUACAGGGGCACACAGAUGUGGUGAUCUCAACCGCCUGCCACCCCACAGAAAAUAUCAUUGCAUCAGCAGCACUAGAAAACGACAAAACGAUCAAACUUUGGAAGAGCGAUUGCUAAGCCUAAAGCUUAUUUUACUUUAUUGUUAUUUUUUUAAUUUUGUACUGUUCGUUUGGGGGGGGGGACUUUAGUUUUUUAUUUUGAAAUGUCACGCUGGUCCGAUCAUACUGACAUCAACGCUUGGUAAGGGGACUGGCGAAGUGCCCAACCCAGAGAUACCCACUCCUAACCCAGCAACCCCUUUUCUCAGCUCACGUGCACUAAAACUUUCAUUUUCUCCCUGCCUUACCGUAAGCUCUGGUUCAUCUUCAGUUUAAGCCAGUAUUUCCACUGCUCACAUCCAGCAAACUUAUGAACAGUUGGCUUGACCUGUAAAUCAAAGCAGCUUUGUUUCUUCACUGAUCUAUUAGAACAAUGCAAGCUUUCCUGUCUUGUUUUUGUUUGUUUUUUUUGCUUUGUAAGUUGUAGAGUGACACUUUUUGUCCAAUGGUGAAUUGUACACUUCUUCAAGCCAGGAAAAAAGCCUUGGGCACAUCUUAAGUGGCCAUUUUAACAAAAAUGUUCUGAGAAUUACAAUUUUCUGUCUGUAUAUGUGGCAUUCCCAAGGUAAUUUUAUAUGAGGGUUUUACAGCUCCAGUCCAUCAUUUGCCCAAAAGAAUGUUUUAAGCCUGGAGUGGGUGUCCCAAAUACCAACUAAAUUGUUACUUGACAAUGUCCAAUCAAAUCUCCACAUAUGAAAUCUGUUGUCUGGUUGGGAUGUGUUUAGAAUGGUGCCACUCCACUAUUUCACAUAUUUCUGUACAGCACAAAACAUGCGAAUGUUAAAGCAGCAAUUAAACGAUUCAUUAUGUUAUAGUUGCAAAGCUAGUUGUCAGACAUUUUUUAUGGUUUUCAGUGGCUCAAUGUUGUCUAGGCUGUGCUAACAAUACAACUACUUUCUCUUUGGUCAUAGAGGCUUAUUGCAGUUAAGUAUAUGCCAAAAGUAGAUUAGGGAAAAUCCGCUAUAUUCCUGCAGCUUUGUUUCUGUAAAUAUAACUAACUAACUAACACACUAUCGAAGAUCCACAGUUUGUCAGUUUUGGUGCUUAUGAGAAAUUAAACUGUAUUAUACAUCGGGGAUGAAUAGUGGUUUGGUCAAAGCUUAAAGGGAUAGGUCAGCCAAAAAUGAACAUGCUGUUAUCAUUUACUCACUGUCAUGUUCUAAACCUGUAUGAGUGGCUUUAUUCUGUGGAAAUUCUGGUUUGGAACAAUGUGAUCAUAAGUGAGUGAUGAUCGAAUUAUUCCUUUUAAAGAGAUACAGUUCUUCAUCGUUUGAUGAGUAUUAUUAAUCUGUUUUGCAAACUGUAGAGAUUGAGGCUCACAAUUGACAUAUGGAACCUUAAUAGACUGUAAUGUUACAAACUAAGAAUCCGUUCUGAGUCACAGUCAAUUCUAACAAUGAAACAUCUUACCUUUUUACUUGCACAGUAAUUAAUUUAUAAAUUGGUUAAAAAAACACUUUGUCUCCAACUGUUGCUAUUUGGUUUCGGUUACUCAACAUAUGCUAGGUUUGGCAGUUCGUGGGAGGAAGAGCACUGUUUUGAACUAAUCAUGCCAUAACCUUAUAUCUUGUGAUCAAAUGCAGCAUUUGGAUGUUAGAGCCUUGAUAUGUUUUAUGUACCUUACAUUUUGUACAUUACUUGCAUCUUCUCUGUUCUGUGGUCUUAUUAACUGUGUCUCAAAUAGCUGAUAGUACAGUAAGUGUUUGUUUUUUUUACCUGCUUAACGUGGAUGAUGGUUUGGUAUUAACCCAUCCACUGGACUCUCUCUGUUCCUUCGUUCUUGGUCGGAUUUCCAGUGCACUGCAGUGAUUUCAAGGGCUGCAUGAGGAAUUCUAUCUGUAUUGCAUUGUCACUUUGGACUUGACCUGUGACUCAAUAAAAUAUUUUUUUGUUUGUUUUUUUUU